AUGUCAGGGUCUACCUACGGUACGAGAGCUAUGUCAUGAGCUGCGCCAUAUUCGACGAAUCAGGAGAACGCGACUCUUCUUACAUGCCGGAAGAAUACCAACACCAACGACGGUUGAUGGGUUCUCUUGUUUCGACGCCGUUUGUGGGACAGGACGAAAAUGGAAAGGAAGGCUGCUUCUUCUGCUUUUCUGAUCUGUCAUGCCGUACUCCGGGCUCGUUUCGAUUAAAAUUUACACUGAUGAUGAUAGACCCUGGCCGAGCUGGAUCUGUUCGACACUUUCCCAUUCUAGCAGAGAUCAAGAGCGAACCUUUCAAGGUUUUCAGUGCCAAAGAAUUUCCUGGCAUGGUAGCCAGCAGCAGUUUGGCUAAAAAACUGAAAGAGCAAGGCUGCAUCAUCUCAAUCAAGAAAGGGAAUGAUAGAGGAAGAGGCCUCAGAAAUCCAGAUGACCCUUCGGAUAACGAUGAUGAUGAAGAUGGAGAGGCGUCGCAAAGCCAUAGAAGGAGGCGGCAGAUGCGAAAUUAGGAAAAUGACAUUUCAGCAUAAUUGUGCGCGAACGGACAAUAACGAGAGCCACAGCCUAGAAUUCAUCUGGGUAUCGAAAAUAUUCGUCUGCCGUCAUAAGAGAAGAAGGACAAGAGGAAGAAGAAGAGGUGGAGAGACUUAGACGGAACAGCGAUGAGAAAAGUACGUCGAUAAACAUUGGACGGCUGAUCGAUUGGGUUAUUAAGCUUGGUAUUUGGAUACGGCGCUGUCUCGAUGAUUGGCUGUAGGAGUUUCAAUGGUUACAGCUAUUGGCAAGGUAAACAAGCUUUUUGGCACGGAGGAUAUCAGAAACAGGCUAAAAAAUGUUCCCCGAGAUGCAAGCAAACAAGCGUCUCGGCGAUGUUACUGAGAUAGACAACAUUUCAUUAUUUUUUUCCCUCCAUUUAUUCAACACCGCCUCCC